CUGGCCCGAUGAAACACAGACCGUCGUCGUGGUACUGCAGGAGACCGUCGAGUUCACCUUCCCCAGUAGGAGUGUGUCCAACACCUUCACCGACAACUUGGGUGACUACAAGGCCGGCAGCUCCUCGCCAGCCUACGAGACGGUGUUCGUGGACUCGAACGACGCCAGUGCGGCGGUGGUGGGCAGCUCCAACGUAGUCAUCACCACGUUUGGGACGUACGGGCUGGAGCUCACAGUCAAGUACUACUACACGCGGUGUGACUCGGGCGGCUGCGGACCGUACAACAACGUGUACGACGAGUGCUUAUCGGACCAUCCUGAUCCCAACGAGGGUGGCUCUGAACAGUGCGCCUGA